CAUCUCUGAAACCUUUUUCUCAGUAAUACCGUUCCACAGACCUUUGUCACAUUUUUUCGGAUCUCUUAUUUAACAAAUUAUAAAUUGAAAUAAAACAGUCAAACUUAACAUACAAAUGAGCAGCGUUGGCGAGGAUUGCAACGAGCUGAAACAGCAAUACGACGCCUGUUUCAACAGCUGGUUUUCGGAGCGGUUCCUAAAAGGUCAAACGGAUGACUCAGCGUGCACGCCGAUUUUCCGGGUUUAUCAGGAGUGCGUUAAGCGCGCUAUUAAGGAAAAGAAGAUCGACUUGCGAGAGAUAGACCCGAUCUACGAAACUGAUUCCGACGAUAACAUUAAUAGUUCAGGUGGAAAGCAGCAGCAUAAGGACAAAAGUUGACCAAAAAAUAAGCUUCGCAAAAAACAAAGUAGCCAGCUCAAGGAGUAUUGCAUCUAUAAGGAGUAUUGCACCGUACCCCAAUCCUCGCCAGCAUGCUUUAUUAUAAAACCCUGCCAAACCGUAAUCCUAUUAAGGUCGUAGCACUCUUAUUGUUAUUUGAAUGAAACUUGGGAAACUUAUUAUUUAAUUACGAAACAGCCUAAUUAUUUUAGUUAAAUAAAUUAGGUGUUUUUAAAGUAUGUGCAAGAUUCAAAUUUCGAUUAAAAGUUUCAUGUCAACGAAA